GAGUGAUGGGAGCCGGAGAGAGAGAGAGAGAGAGAGAGAGAGAGAGAGAGAGAGAGAGAGAGAGAGAGAGAGAGAGAGAGAGAGAGAGAGAGAGAGAGGAGGGAAUAGAGAGUGAAAGAGAAAGGAGAGGAGGAGCGGCCCGUCCUCCCGGAUAUGGCGGACGGGAUAGCGACCAUGAAGAUGGGCGAAGACGACGAGAUGGCUGAGGAAGAGGAACGUGUGCUUCGAGUUGAAGUUGAUGCAGAGGAGAAGAAGAUGGAGCGAAGCAAUGGCGGCGAUGGCGGCGAUGGCGGCGGCGAUGGUGGAACAGCAGGUGGUCGAACGGCCAGGGCGAUGGCGGCGAUGACGGCGAACAGCCAGGGCGGCGAUGGCGGCGGCGAUGGGGGCGGCGAUGGGGGCGGCGAUGGCGGCGAUGGUGGAGAUGGCAGGGAGGAGGGUGAAGAAGAACGUCAGGUAGGGAGUGCAGGUGAAGGGGGAGGAGAUACCAUAGCUGAGACUGCGGCAUUGGGGGGAGGAAAGAUGGAGAGAGUGCCGAAGAGGAGGAGGAGGAGGAGGAGGAGGAGGAGGAUGGAAGAGGAGGACGAGGAGGAGGAUGAUGGUGGUCGUCGAAAAGCUAAUGAUGAAGAUGGUGCUAAUGAUGAUGAUGAUGAUGGUGGUCAUCGCGGCGAACGGGAUUCCGACCCGGUGGACACGGGCGCUGAGGGGAACGAAAACGCGAAUCAACAAAACAAUAACGGCCAAGCUGGUGCAGGUCAGCAGGAUGCAGCAGCAGGGAGACCGCGAAGGAGAGCAGGGUUGACAUCCCGACGCUCCUAUUUUGAAAUUGCGGGACUUGGCGACGAUUACGUGCUUGAAGAUUUGGAAUGGGAAGGUGAUGACGACUCGCAAGCAGAUGAGAAUGAGGAUGUCUGCACGACUUGCGGGGUCGGGGGAACUCUUUUGUGCUGUGACACGUGUACCGCUUCACACCAUCUUGCGUGCUUGGACCCGCCAUUGAAGCGUGUUCCAAAGGGAAAAUGGAGUUGUCCCACUUGUCAAGAUCCUCUGGCUGACGUCGACAAGCUGGUGGACUGGAGGAGAGUAGAAAAGUCCGAAAAGACCUCGGAAAAGUCCGAAAGGUGUGAAAAGUCAUCGGAUGGUGGCGGGGGUGAGGGCGAAGCAGGUGCUGAUGGCUGCACAAAGGAAGCUUCAGAAGUGAAGGGGGAAUCGGCGGAAGCGCCGGCAGCAGGCGGCGUAAAUGCUACCGCGUCGAAGGAUGAGAAGGACUUAGCGCCGAUGUCGGUGGGAGAGCGUGAACCAAAGGAGCAGCAGUCGACGGCGACGGUGUUGGGAGAGGAUGUGUCGAAGAAGGACAUGGCAGCGGCAGCGGCACCGGUGGGGGACUCCUUGAAAGUGGAGGAACGGGCGCUGACGCCGGCGGGAGAAGAUGCGUCCAGGACCGCAGGAUCCAAUAAUUCACUCGAAGAUGUUGAGUAUCUCGUGAAAUGGAAGUCGAGAUCUUAUCUUCACUGCACCUGGAUAUCUCAUGGAGCAUUGGAGAAGGCAGCUCGGAAGUUCCCGGGGCUCGGUGUAAAGCUGAGGAAGUUCCAGCGACAAUUCAUUUUAGCACCCAAGGACAGUGACGAUGUCGAUGGCGAUGGCGAAGCAGGAAAAUCGCCGAGUGUUAGACCAGAGUGGAUGACGGUUGACAGAGUCAUUGAUUCAAGAACUGUGCGUGCAGGGGAGAGUGAGUAUCUCGUGAAAUGGAAGGAUCUUGGAUAUGAGGAGGCAUCAUGGGAGAAAGUGGAGGAUAUUGCGGCAUUCAGGCAGCAACUGGAUGCAUUCCAUGCUUUGAUGUCGAGGGCAGGUCCGAAGCAAAAAGCGCCGAGAAAGCCAGGCAGGAAGAGGAAAUGCCCUGAAAAUGCGGAGGACAAGAGCAGCAUCAAGAAGUCAAAGCCAACCACUUUUUCAGCGUUGGAAGCGACUCCUCAGAACCUCACUGGUGGUGAUUUGCAUCCGUAUCAGCUGGAGGGUGUGAACUGGCUGCGGUUCUCGUGGUGGCAGGGGCGGCACAUCAUCCUAGCUGAUGAGAUGGGUCUUGGAAAAACUAUUCAGACGAUUGCUUUCCUUGCUUCGCUAAAGGACGAGGGAGAAGAUGGACCACAUCUCGUGGUCGCGCCUUUGUCUACUUUAAGGAACUGGGAACGAGAGUUCGCUACUUGGGCGCCAUUUCUCUAUGUGGUUAUGUACGUGGGAACGGCGAAAGCACGAUCUGUCAUCAGGAGGCACGAGUUUGUUUUCCCUGCAGCGGAUGAACGCGUGAGAGACGAGGAGGAGAAAGAAGGAGGGGGUGCAGAACAUGAACAGUCUAAAUCCAAACAAAGGAAAAAGGGGAAGCCAAAGAAGCAGAGGUCGGCACGGCAGAGCGGUACCAGCAAACAGGAGCGAACAAAAUUUGAUGUGCUUCUGACAUCCUAUGAGAUGAUUGUGAUUGACAACAGUGUGUUUCGCAAUAUCAAAUGGGGAUGUUUGGUGGUAGACGAAGGACAUCGUCUGAAGAAGAAAGAAUCAAAGCUUUUCCAGACUUUACACACGUACUCAACUCGUCACCGUCUACUGCUUACAGGAACACCAUUGCAGAACAAUCUGGAUGAGCUCUUCAUGCUAAUGCAUUUUCUUGAUGCAGGAAAGUUUAGCAGCCUGGCAGACUUUCAAGAGGAGUUUGCUGACAUUAAUCACGAGCAGCAGAUCGCUAGACUUCAUGAACUACUCGCUCCACACCUUCUGCGCAGACUAAAGAAGGAUGUCAUGAAGCAGCUGCCUCCAAAGCGGGAGUUGAUCGUCAGGGUGGAUUUGACCCCUCUACAGAAAACACUUUACAAAGCAGUGCUCACAAAGAACUACCAAGUCCUCUGCCGGCGCGGAGGUCAUCAGGUCUCACUUUCCAAUGUGAUGAUGGAGCUGCGGAAGGUGUGUGCACAUCCUUUCCUCAUUCAAGGGGCGGAGCCAGUUGUGGAGGAUGCAAAUGAGAGGCACAGGCUUCUUGUGGAACUUGGCGGGAAAUUCGCCCUUGUGAGCAAGAUGAUGGAAAAGCUGAAGCGGGGUGGACAUAGGGUUCUUAUCUACUCUCAGUUUACAAGGGUCCUCGAUUUGUUUGAGGAUUGGCUUGCAUUCAAGAAAUGGAAUUACGAGCGGAUUGACGGGACUGUCAGUGGCGUUGAGCGACAGAUUCGAAUCGACAGAUUCAACUCCCCUGGAUCAUCGUGCUUCAUAUUCUUACUCUCCACUCGUGCAGGCGGGCUGGGCAUCAACCUCGCAACAGCCGACACUGUGGUAAUCUUUGACAGUGAUUGGAAUCCCCACAAUGACCUCCAAGCCCAAGCUCGGGCACACCGUCUUGGGCAGAACAAGAAGGUUAUGAUAUACAGGCUGGUCACCCGCGGGACGGUCGAGGAACGGAUAAUGCAGUUUUCAAAAAAGAAAAUGGUUCUUGAGCAUCUCGUUGUUCAACGCAUGAACAAGCCACAAGUGCUUAACCAGGAUGAACUUGAUGACAUCCUCCGUUUUGGAGCAAAGGAGCUGUUUGAAGAAGAAGAAGAUGAGAAAAGCACGGAUGACAGGGAUAGCACUGUAGCAAGGUUUGAGUACAUGUCGGAUGACACUCCUAGGACAACGAAACAUGGGGAUGCUGCCAAAGAAGAUAGUCUGCCAGCUUCCCAGGAACAGGCUGUAGACCUCACUGUCAAUCAUUCACAGUAUUGGGAGGAGCUUCUGCAGGAGAGGUAUAAAGAGGAGCAGCAACGACAGUGUGAAGACCUGGGGAAAGGGAAGCGUAGCAAAAAACAGGUCAAUUACGCCAAUUCGGUCUUUGAGAUGGGUGAUUCAAGCGUACUGGAUGACAGUGAAAAGGAAGAGUCAGGAGAAUCCUGUGACGAGGCAGCAUCGCCAGCUAAGCCAGCAGGAGAUCAGAAGGCGGCCGCGCAAGAAGAUAUUACAGAUGGAGUGAAGCGCAAAGCGCAAAGCAAUGACAAGAAAAGAAAGGCUGCAGUAGAAGAUGUCGGCGGUGUGACGCUGGAUGUCUUUGCCGACGGGGCCUUUGUGACGGCUGACCAUGAAUGUGCUGAGGAUGCGUUCGAUGAAGAAGGGGAGGCAUGCGAGGUGGAGGAGGAGGAGGACGAGGAAGAAGAAGAGGAGGCAGAUGACAGAGGGGAUGCUGUAGUAGUAGAUGUCGGCAGCGGAGGUGGUUGUGAUGGUGGUGGUGGUAGUGGUGAUGGUGGUUGUAGUGGUGGGGGUGGUGGGGGKGGUGGAGGUGGAGGCGGCGAUAGUGGCGGCACACUGUCAGCACAUUCAUGGGAGCUCGCCAUCAAGACACGGUUUGGAGUUGGCGACUUCUCAUGGAGGGAGUUUGUUCCACGUCUGAAGCCGAAGACCCAGGAGGAAAUUAAAGAGUAUGGUACUUUGUUUUUCAAGCACAUAGAGGAGGAGACGACACAUAAUGACCGGUUUUCAGAUGGAGUUCCGAAAGAGGGACUGCAGAUCAGGGACAUACUUGUGCGACUGGCGGUCCUGCAUCUCAUUCGGGACAAGGUUAUUGCGAUGUCGGCGAACCCUUCUAUGCCCAUGUUCCAAACAGACAGAGGGGGAAAGGUACUUGCUGCGCUGAACAAGACGAGAAUUUGGAAGGAAGAGCAAGACCGAAAGCUGCUCAGGGGAAUUCUAAUCCAUGGAUAUGGUAGAUGGUGUAACAUCCUCUGUGACGAUCGACUAAAUUUGCAAGCUCCCCUCCGAGCAGAGCUUCAUUUGCCGCCGCGUAAUUUGGCGGGCAUGGGCAUGAAUCCAUCACCUGACAACGGAGGGAUGGCGAUGGCCUCGAGCUCAGGUGUCAUUAAUGCGGUCCAGGCGAUGAAUGGAAGCAUCGGUUAUGCUAGGUGUGGAGAGGGAGGAGCGUUGCUACAAGGCGGUGAAGCAAGUGCCGGCACAGCAGUUGCUGCUGCCGGACUGCAGGGCGACCGGUGCUUGCCGACCUCCCCUCAACCGCGUGUUCUCAAUGGCGGUGGUCCCUCACAGGACCCAGAUGGAGUCAAAGCUGGUGCCCAAGCUGCCAAUGUAUUUGGGGAACAGGGCGCCAACGUCACAGCAAAUGUGUUAGAUCCGUACGAGCAGCGAAAGAUGGUCGACUUCAUUCGAAAGAGAGUUGGGCUUCUGGAAAAGGUCUUGGAUGCAGAGUUCCGGGGCGAUGCAACGAAAGACAAAGUACUGGUGCUGAGCAACGGAAGGACAGGACAACAGACGCCGCCCACUGGCCAGAGAGAAGGCCGUCACCAGCAAGGCGGCCUUGGGAUUUUCUCAACGACAAAGUGCAUGACACUGGCGAUUGUGCCCUGUGAAAGACCAGCCGCCACAGAACCAGGAGGAAUUGAUCAUACGGAGAAUCUUCUCUCCCUCUCUAUCGGAGGCCUCCAUGCCUCUGCCGGGGAAUAUCAGGAUCGAUGGACUCUUGUGCGAUCUCCAACAAUUACGACGACAACAACAUCGACUAAGGUAACUGGACCAUGUGGUGUUGGUUUUGGCGAGAGUGCAUCUUCAGCUCUGGGAAGCCGCGAUCCAACAAUUGUCAUAGAAGAUUCGGUGUCAACUGGGCCAGGCAUGAGUUGUGGGGACAGCAUCUCCCCAGAGAUCCGAUCCCCAAUGCUGCAUGCAGACAAGCUUGGUGCAGGUGCUGGCCAGAAGGGGGAGGAGAGAAGACAGAAUGAAAUCCAACAGGCUUGGUCCAAUGUGUCGAGCUUCAGCCAUGCGACAUCACAGAAAGGUCAGUAUUCCGUUGUGCCAGAGACUGUCAUUCUCAUGGCUCAGAGGAGAGUUUCAGAAAUCGCCGGGGAAAUGAGGAAGGAUGCAGUUGGCGGGGGGGGGUCCAUUGCUGCUGCCUUUCCUGCUAACUUCAGACCAUGCCCGGCUGCUGCGACUGUGCUCCCCGCCACGAGCUUGUCCAUUGCCCCACCAGCUCCCUCCGCUACCGUCCUUAGUAGCACACUGAUUGGCGGCGGCAUAAGGGAGGGUGUAAAUAGCAGUCCAUCCGCCAACCUUCACUGCUUCUCUUCUUUUCAGAAUCUUCAAGAAGCUUGUCGUCUGAGAGAGGCCGGGCUAGACCAGGCGGUACAGCCACUGCUUUCCAGGUUCCAUUCGGGUACGAUUGCUGGUUCCGGACCUGAAGCGCCAGUCGUCUCCGGCGCUACCCUUGGUACCUCUAGCCGGUCGGGUGCCGACGGGUUGGUAUAUGGUGCUCCGAUUACUCGGUUCGUUCAAGGCAUUCGACCAGUUGCCGGCGCUGAGGGAAGCACAACAUUUUAUCCCGCAGCAGUGGCUCCGAGUCUCCGGACAUCUUCCGCGAAUUCCUUGGCGUUCUGGGAAACCCCCGCGGCUGCUUAUGCCGCAGCUACUCAACGAUGGCCAAAACUUGUUCAGGGGUUCCCUGCUACGACGGGCUGCCAGUUUCCGGGAGCAGAUUGGCAAACCAAUAGCAAUGGGAGAAGGCGAACAGACGAAACGAUGAUCGGGCUCGCAGUUGGGUCUGUGAGUGAGGCUUCAAGCUCUUUGCAGGGGAGGCUGGGUGGAGGAGGAACCGGCGAGCCUGGGCAGCCAAACCUGUCACCAUGCAUGGGCUCUGUGAUGAAAGGGGUCGCUGUCGCGGACAGCAGUGGCAUUCCAUUCGUCGAUGGCAAAAGAAGUGGGAGGAUGUCGUCGAAGUCAGGCCCACCUCCAGGGAGUACCAUCAUAAUCAUAGAUGACUAGCUUAACACAUAUCAAUGUCACUCCAGGCCAUUGUCAUGUUUUCCU